AUCGUAAAGAAUUAUCCAUGAUACAAAAUCGUAAAAAAAGUUCAAUUUUCAUUGAUAAUACAGAUUCGAAUGAAAAAACAUCCAAUGAUAAUAAUGUUGUAGAAAAACGUAGAAAAAGUUCAGCAAUUGAUAUGCGAAAACAAUCAAUAAUGAUUGAUCAACAACAACAACAACAAAAUACCAAUGUAAAUACCAAUGUUAUCAAUAAUCCAUCAUCAUCGUUGUUACCGCAAUCAUCAAUACCGUUGAAAAGUAUUCUUCAUCAACCAAAUAUUACGACAUCGAUAAAUCGACAACAACAACAACAUCAGGAAUCAACAUCGACAACACAAACUCAUCAACAACCAUUCAAUGCUAUUCAUGAAUAUCAUCAUCAAUGUCCAAUUAAUCGACAAUAUUCAUUGACAGUUCCACCACCAAACUAUCAACAACAACAACAACCGAUUGGUGGUUAUCAUCAUAAUCUUCAAGCUGAUAAUCAUCCACUUUAUGGUAGUACAUUACGUUCAACAGCAAUCGAACAUGAAUAUUAUGAACCAACACCAAUUUUAUUCGAUGUUGCUGCUGAUGAAUAUGUCGAUGAUGAUGAUGAUGAUGAUAAAGAAUUAAGAGAAUUGGAAGAUUUCAACAACAACAAUAAUAAUAAUAAUUAUGGUCGAAUCGGUGAUUGUUCUCGAAUUCCAUCACAAAUGUUUUAUCGUAAUUAUCAAAACAAUGAUGAUGAUGAUGAUUAUAAUGAUCGAUUAUCAUUACCACCAUCAAGAGUACGAUCACCAGUACCACCAUAUGAACAAUAUAAUCAUUCACCAUUAUUAUAUGAAAGAAUGGAUAAAAUUCAUCAACAUUAUCGUUAUCAAAAUUAUGGUUCAACAAACAAUUAUGAUGAUGAAAUGAUGGUUGAUAAUCAUCCUCAUCAUCAUCGAUAACAUAAUACAUUGGAU